CCGGCUCAGCCCGGAACUAGAGUCUUCCGCCUGGUUCUCCUUAGUUCUCUGGUCCCCUGGCUUCCCUGAGGCUGUCACCAGGAGGGUGUCCGAGCUCACGGCCACGCGGCCCCGGUAGGGUCGGCUUCGUCCCCUAGCUCGCAGUCCCGGUCGCCGACUUCGGGGCGACAUGGCCAGGGCCCGCUGGGGUCGUCCGAGCGUGAGGCCGCCUAUCGCUGCCCGCGCGCUCCUGUGGCCCCUUGGCCAGCGAGCACCGGUGUCGUCUUAAGCAGCCCCUCCGCACCCGCGGGCUCCGCGCUCACGGCCGCAUGGCCUCCGAGGCGCCUUCGCCGCCGCCCGCCUCCCCCGAGCCGGAGCUGGCGCAGCUAAGGCGGAAGGUGGAGAAGUUGGAGCGCGAGCUGCGGAGCUGCAAGAGGCAGGUGCGGGAGGUCGAGAAGCUGCUGCAUCACACCGAGCGCCUGUACCAGAACGCCGAGAGCAAUAACCAGGAACUCCGCACGCAGGUAGAAGAACUUAGUAAAAUACUCCAUCGUAGGAAAAAUGAAGAUAGUCAGAAGUCUGAUGUAGAAGUGCAGACAGAGAACCAUGCUCCUUGGUCAACUUCAGAUUAUUACUAUCAGACAUAUUAUAAUGAGGAUAGUCUUCCUAGUAAAGAGACGGAACUGUCUGCACAGCAGAGUCAAUAUGUUCAAGCUUCUGCUCUUAAUUCUAAAGACAAGUCACAAAUAGGCAAUGAUAGUUAUGCUGGCCCUGAUGUAACCGACUGUGGUAACCACAGACAGGAGGAUCAUGUCACCUCUGAUUCACAGGAGAGCGCAUCCGCGUUAGCAGAAGGCCCAGCACCCGAAGGCUCCUCGCUCGCCGAGAGCUUGAGAGCUGCAGCGGAAGCUGCUGUGUCGCAGACCGGCUUCACCUACGAUGAGAGCACGGGCUUGUAUUUUGACCACAGCACUGGUUUCUAUUAUGAUUCUGAAAACCAACUGUAUUAUGACCCUUCCACGGGGAUUUAUUACUACUGCGAUGUGGAGAGUGGGCGCUACCAGUUCCACUCUCGAGUGGACUUGCAGCCGUACCAGACUUCCAGCAUAAAACCCAACAGAGAUAGGAGACUGAAGAGGAGGAGGAAGGAGCCGGGUUUUUAUACAGCAAAUGAAGAGAAGGACUUGAAUUCAGAAGAUCAGAAAGUCUGCAGUGUAGAGUAUGUAAACUGCAGUGAGGAUGAACAUCUUGGAAAUGUGAAAAAGAAGGCCAGAAUAGACACUUGUUACAAAAGCAGCCCCUUACAGCUUACGGCAGCAGUUGGUAGAGACACUGUGGAGUCUCCUGGAUGCGAUCACUCAGCUUCACCUAAGGAUGAGAGACUCAGAGAGAGUGAGAGCGAGCCAGAAGAGGGUGAGAUCACAGACUCGCAGAGUGAGAAGAGUUAUGAUGGAGACAGUAGCAGUGGGCACAGGGAGUCCUCAGAAGCUUCCGACGAUGAAGAGGAGGAAAGGAUUUGGCCGCCCUGUAUCCGGGUGAUUGUCAUUAGAUCUCCAGUGUUGCAGAUGGGCUCGCUCUUCAUCAUCACCGCUGUGAGCCCCGCCACCAUCGGCAGAGAGAAGGACAUGGAGCACACUGUGCGGAUCCCUGAGGUUGCUGUUAGUAAGUUCCAUGCAGAAGUUUAUUUCGACCAUGACUUGCAAAGCUAUGUUCUCGUGGAUCAGGGAAGCCAGAAUGGUACCAUUGUCAACGGGAAGCAGAUUCUUCAGCCAAAAACUAAAUGUGAUCCUUACGUCCUUGAGCACGGAGAUGAAGUAAAGAUUGGGGAGACUGUGCUGUCUUUCCACAUUCACCCUGGCAGUGAGACGUGCGACGGCUGUGAACCGGGGCAGGUCAGGGCUCACCUCCGCCUUGAUAGGAAGGAUGAGUCUCUGGUUGGUCCAGCAUUGAGUAAGGAAGAAAAAGAGUUGGAAAGAAGAAAAGCACUCAAGAAAAUACGAGUAAAGUAUGGCUUGCAGAAUGCAGAUUAUGAAGAUGAAAAAGCAUUGAAGAAUCCUAAAUAUAAAGACAGAGCUGGAAAACGCAGAGAGCAGGUUGGAAGCGAAGGGACUUUCCAAAGAGAUGAUGCCCCUGCAUCUGUUCACUCUGAAAUUACAGAUAGCAACAAAGGCCGAAAGAUGUUGGAGAAGAUGGGAUGGAAACAGGGAGAAGGCCUGGGAAAGGACGGCGGGGGGAUGAAGGCGCCGAUCCAGCUGCAGCUCCGACGGACACACGCAGGCCUGGGGACAGGGAAGCCAUCCUCCAUUGAUGAUGUCCACUUUCUCCACAAUAAGAGCAAAAGAAACUGGGACAAAGCACGUGAGCGCUUUGCGGAAAACUUCACGGAAAAUAAACCUCGGAAAGAAGCACCAGGGGCUGGGCCGUGGGUGACAGGGACUGCAGAGUAAAGGCCUGCUGUCACAGGGGAGAUCGGAGCUUCAGAAGAGACAGAGCUUGGAAACUUCAGUAUAGAAGCUCGUGUCCCUAGAGUCCGUCAAGGAGGAACUCUUAGAUGGUCCCUGACCCACACGUGUGUGGGGCGUGUGGUCUGCAGCUUAGAGAAAGCAGGUCUUACCCACUGAGCAGGAACCUGUGCGGAAAGUGGGCUCAAGGUGACAGGUGCAGGACAGCUGCCAGACCUUUGUUGUCGUCGACACCUGUCACUCACCCCAUGGAGGGCAGCUAACCAUGUGAGCAGAGUGCACAUGACCACUUAUGACUUCACGUGUCCUGUCUCCAUGUCAUCAUCAUUAUGACACACAGAUAUCAAAAGUUUAUAAACAAUUCUAUGUGUAUACUUGUUUACACCUUUUAGAACUUAGGAUUUUUUUUUAAAAAAAAGACGAGAAACCACGGGUAGUGGAGCCUAAUUUUACUAUCCUGAAAUAACUGCAGUACAAAUAUUGAAGAAUUGAUGGCAGGUGACAGACUGUAGAAAAUUAGUCUCACGCUGUUUUCUUCUGUGAAGAAUGUUGGUUUGUACUAGAUGGUCAGCUUUGCCUUAGGUAUUUCCUAGCUGCUGGAUAUUUGAUAUAGACAACUGGUACAGUAUUGGCAUUUCAGUGUGCUAGCAUUUUUAGUUUUGAUAAAUACCAUUGCGGGCAAUGGGACUGUGCUCGAGAAAUCUGAUGAAUCUGAGAUGGGUUACUUGCCAAGACUUCAAACAUUUGCUGGAAAUGUCUUCAAAUGCAAUAAAAAAAACAUUUUUAAAGACUUGAUUUCUUGAAUAAAUGAUAUAAACAUA